UUUUAAUACGAAUAUGUUUGCAAUUUAGACUUUGAUCCUAGAUAGUUUUGUAUCCAGAAAAGUGUGGGUAGCAAAAUAGGGAAUUGGAAUAACUAUAGAAUAUAGUGGGGUCAAGUAUUUUUGUACAAAUCGAGCAUAUUUUCAAAAAAACGAAAAAUUAAAAUAAAAAACGAUCUCGUGCGGGUCCGACUCGUGUACGUGUAUUUACGAAAAAGACUGAAAAAUCAUCGAAAUAUUUUGAUUUGAUACAUAACUGACAGCCAAAAAUAUUUUUACUUUUUUCACCGAGUCAUGAGUAUUUUUUUGUUUCCCGACUUCUUCUUCAACCCACGUCGAGGGCACUGCGCGCGGCGUUAGGAUAUGCGUAGGCGUAAGGACUUCCACCGACUAAAAACACCCCGGACCCCUCUACUGCUUGUAUUGCGUUGUCUCGCUUCCACACGUAGUCUUCUAGAUUCGGAGUUUGUCUGUGGAUGUCGUACCCUUCAUAUGAUCCGCUAGAAAAUUUGCUAACUGUACUUACUGCAUUUGUUAUAGGUUUAAAUAACCUAAAAACCCAUGUUUUAAAUGUCAUUCCAUUCAAGUUUUAUCAAAAUCGGGCCAGCCCUUUUUAUAGUUGUAAAUUGCAUUGUCAUCGGGUUUGAAGCUACUUAAAAAUAUCAGCUUGAUAGCUUAUCGGGCAGUGCCUUAAAACUGAAUUGCAAAAAUCCAACCGGAACGACAAACAAUCAAGAAAUAGGAAAUGUCUUGUCAAAUAGAUGUGAAACAAGGUCGAUUGCAGGGAAAGGAGUGUGUGACCUUUUACGGCAAGAAAUAUUAUAGUUUUGAAGGCAUACCUUAUGCAAAGCCUCCGGUUGGGAAACUCAGAUUUAAGGCUCCAGAACCACCAGAAAAUUGGACAGGUAUCCGAGAUGCCACUAAACCAGGAAACAAGUGUUGCCAACUCAAUCCAUACUCAAAUACUGCCAUGGAGGGAUCCGAAGACUGUCUCUACUUAAACGUAUACACACCAAGCUUGCCACACGAAAAAAUAGAAAAACUACCAGUAUUAUUUUUCGUUCACGGUGGUAGAUUUAUUUUUGGUUACGGCCAUUAUUAUAAGCCUGAUUACUAUUUAAAACAUGAUGUUAUUUUAGUAACAAUUAAUUAUAGAUUAAGUAUUUUAGGAUUUUUGUGCUUAAAUAUACCAGAAGUGCCUGGGAAUGCGGCAUUAAAAGAUACUGUGAUGGCUUUGAAAUGGGUGAGGGAUAAUAUUUCAAAUUUUAAUGGAGAUUUUAAUAAUGUUACGGUUUUUGGGGAGAGCGCGGGAGCUGGUGCUGUCUCCUCUUAUAUGACCUCCAAAAUGGCGGCUGGCUUGUAUCACAAAGUUAUUGCGCAAUCAGGAAACUCAAUAGCUGAUGUCUACAUGGUAGAUGAUGAUCCAAUUGAGAAAGCCAAAACUGUAGUGUCAUAUUUGGGAAAACAUUUGACAGACGAAAGAGAAUUGUACAAUUAUUUAUUAGAGGUUCCUAUUGAGGACUUAAUGGUGGCAUUCAGUCUCGCCGAGUUGAAUAGGCAUCCUACCGCGAUACAGGCCUAUUUUCUACCCGUUGUAGAAAAGGAAUUCGAUGGGGUCGAAAGAUUUUUUGAAGAGUGCCCCAGAAUUGAUAUACCGAUGAAUAGACUUGAUAAAGUACCUGUCUUAACAGGUAUGAAUUCUCACGAAGGAGCGUUAUUUCUACAAAAAGAUAACGAUGGGAACAUUAUUUUUGAAAACGAUUUCUACUAUUACAUACCGAAUUAUUUGAAAAUAAAACGGGACGAUAAAAGGGUCGGAGAAAUCGUGAAGAAACUGAGGAAUUAUUAUUUUAAUGGAAAGGAAGUUGGUCAAAGCAAGAAAUUGGAAUACGUAAACAUGCUUUCAGACAAAUAUUUUCAGUACUCUCUACAAUUAUUGCCUGAAAUUCUUUGUAGGUCUGUGAAAGAGGUUUAUUUCUACAAGUUUCAGUUUUCAGGCAAUUUAAAUACGAGGGUUAUGAAGAAGUUGGGUUUAGAAGGGGCAACGCAUGGUGAUGUGAUUCAAUACCAGUUUUAUAGAAAGGCGAAACAUGAUAAAUGUGAUGAAAAUGAUCUCAAAAUUGUUGAAAUGUUUAGCGAGGCCUGGUGUACUUUUGCACGUUAUGGGAAACCAACAUGGAAUGGCGGGAAAUCAGAAUGGCUGCCGUACACAAAGAAAGACAAACAUUCCUUAAUAAUAGAUAAAGAAAUAAAACUAAUGAAGAAUCCCGAUUACGACCGUCUUCGGUUUUGGCUUGGUAUCACAGGAGAAACAUCUAAAUUAUAAUAGUUUAUUAUUUUUUUAGUAAAAACUUAACCUUUGUAUUAAGGACGCUUAUAGUAAAUGUUUAAAAUGCACAAACUAGAGAAAUGUAUAAUUAACUUAACUAAUAACAAAUUGAAAGACUGUUUGAUUGCUGUCUUUCUGAUUCCCCCGGUUUCACCCGCGUAGUAUUUUUUUCUUUGCCGCAAUUUUUUCACCUUUUAAACUUUCCCUGGACUGGUACGAAUAUUUCAAGAUAAAAACUAGCCAAAUCGGUUCACCGAUUCUCGAGUUUUAGCGAGACUAACGAACAGCAAUUCUUUUUUUUAUAAAUAAGAUUUUAGAAUAUACGAUAGAAUUAUCAAUAUUACAGAAGUUUAAACAAUGUUAGCUGUUUUUAAAAAUGUUGUGUUCGAAAAUUUGAUUUUAUGUAUUGGCUCUUGUUUAUGAUCUAGGCUAAAUGUAUGUAUGUGUUACUUCGCAAUUUGAGUCUAUUUGACCAAACUUAAGAAACGGUAUAUCUUAACUAAUUUUAAUCAGCUGUUAUUAUAUUUAGUGAAGCCGAUAUUUUUAUAUUAAUUAAAAUUUAAAGCCAACUUAAAGAAAGUGAAUCGUCAUGGUUUAAAGUGGUAUUUAAAAUGGAUUUUUCGGAAAAAAAGACUUUAAAAGGUCAUAGAGCUUAUUUAAUAGAGAUGACGACAUUUUUUUUUAAUGUUUGCCAUGUAGUUUAUUGUUUAAAUGACUGAUACGUAUAUUUUAUUUUGUCCC